AAACAUCAUCACUACACUGUGCCUAAAUCAGGAAGCACCAUCGUCACACGUUUCUCUUCUUCUCCUGUGUUUUUUUCAUUUGGUUUAUUAAUUUAUUUCUGUACGGACGCUUUCAGGUGACCAAGGCAACGGCUUCAGCGCCACAAAAGGGGGAAGAGGUUCAAUCUGUUGCCGACCCCCCGACGACAACAAGAAGAUACUGUCAGUUUGGCACCCACCCAGUACGAGGCUGCGCUUUGGAUGCAUUUGACACAGACUUAUCGGACACGGUGUCUGUCUGCAGCAUGGGCCAACAUCUAGGAAAGAGGGAGACUUCUAUGGACACUAAGGCACCUGAACCCAAAGCAGCCGACACCACAGAACCAGGGGAGGCCGAUGAAGUCUUUGGCCUGUGUGAGGCAGAUGCCAACCAGAACAAUGGCUGCAUCUCCAAGAAGCCGGCGGUGACUGACUCCACGGGCACUGAAGGCCCCCAUCCGCCUGGGACCCCCCCGACUACAGCUGACCCUGACGAAGCUACGCCACGCCCCCACCUGGUCCGCCUCUUCUCCCGAGAUGCCCCGGGAAGGGAGGACAACACCUUCAAAGAGCGACCCUCCGAAUCGGACGAGCUGCAGACCAUCCAAGAGCACAGCGGAGCAGCUUCGGAGUGCGGGUCGGAGAGCCCAGAACAGGACCUAGAGUAG